AGAUACUUAUAGAUCUAAUCUGAUAUAAAAAUAUAUAAUUGAUAUCUUUUUAUGAGAUAAAUAUCUAACCAUAUCAAAAUGAUAAGCUGAUAUUUUUUCACAUGCAUCUCGGGUAAUACCCUAAUUCAAUUUUGCUCGAGUGCAUUUAUAACCGACCAUACUACGCACUGUAUGAACAGUCUUUUUAUAACAGUGUGAAUUGUGACUUGUGUUGGUUUUUAAAAUUUUCAACCUCUGAAAUGAAUUCAAUAUUUUUUUAUUUUGUGUCAGUUUAUUGUAAACUGUACGAAUUUUUCAACCGUAUAUUAUUAUUUUCUGUAUUUCAAUUUCAAAGAAAGAAUGAUGAUGAAAUACGACCUCAAAGCGUGAAUUACCAUUUUACGCGAGUUUGUAAUUAUAGCUGUGGAUUUUGUUUCCAUACAGCGAAAACAUCCUUCAUGUUUGACUUGAAAAACGCUAUGAUUGGGCUAAAAAUGUUGAAGCAAGCCGGAAUGGAAAAGAUUAAUUUCAGUGGUGGUGAACCAUUUUUGCCAGGCAAAGGAAAACAUUUGGGAGAAAUGGUGAAAUAUUGCAAACAGUCAUUGAAAUUGGAUUCUGUGACAAUAGUUUCCAAUGGUUCUAUGAUCACGGAGGGAUGGUUUAAAAAUUAUGGUCAAUAUUUAGAUAUUUUGGCUAUAUCCUGCGAUUCCUUUGAUGAGGAAACAAAUAAGGCUAUUGGUAGAGGACAAGGAACAAAAAAUCAUGUUGCCCAGUUGUACAAGGUGAAAAAGUGGUGUUCCCAAUACAAUGUCCUUUUCAAAAUAAACACAGUGGUUAACAGUUACAACUGUAAUGAAAAUAUGGUAGAGAAAAUCAAAGGAUUGAAUCCAAUAAGAUGGAAAGUCUUCCAAUGUCUUCUUAUUGAUGGUGAAAAUGCUGGACCAGAUGCUCUAAGAAAUGCUGAGAUAUUUUAUAUCGACAAUGAAACUUUUGAAAGGUUUUUGAAGAUGCAUGAGGAACUUGAUUGUUUAGUUCCUGAAUCCAAUGUUAAAAUGCAGAAUAGUUACCUAAUUUUGGAUGAAUAUAUGAGAUUUUUGGAUUGUCGUAAUGGUUCAAAAGUUCCAUCGAAAUCAAUACUGGACAUAGGAGUGGAAAAUGCUUUGAAAUUUUCUGGAUUUGAUGAGGCUAUGUUCAAAAAAAGAGGAGGGAUAUAUAAGUGGUCCAAAGAAGCUCAUUCACUUGAAUGGUGAAGAAAAAUUAACAGAUAUCACAAUAUUUUGUACCUGUAAACUUUGUACCUAAAAGCUUUAAAUUCUCAUUAACAUUAAGUAGUAGUUAGUAUUGAAUCUCAGGGUUCUAAAGGUAGUAUUAUUGAGAAUCUUAGUUUUUAUGCAUAAUUUAUAGGCUUUUUAAUAAAAUUCGAUUAAAACAA